GAUAUCAAAAGUUGCCUUUCAGUUUCAGAGUCACAAAAUAAUGUCGUCUGAAAUGCUGCAAAAUUUUAUUGAGUCUUCUAAUGUUGAAAAAAAGCAAGACUUAAGUGAAGAUCAAGCGCAGAGCCAGAAGCCAAGAUUAGGUGAAGGGUUUGAACCAAUAUCUAAACGGCAAAUGAAAAAAAUUAUAAAACAGAAACAAUGGGAAGAACAACGAGAACUCCGAAAACAAAAGCGAAAGGAAAAACGCAAGAGAAAGAAAUUAGAGCGACAAUGUCAACUGGAAUCAAAAUCAGAUGAAAGUGACAGAAAACGUAUUCGAAGACAUGCUGUUCACAGCACCCUCCGCCUUAUCAUUGACUGUAGUUUUGAUGACUUGAUGGUUUUAAAGGACAUUAAGAAACUUCAUAAGCAGAUUCAGCGAUGUUAUGCAGAAAACCGCCGAGCACUGCACCCUGUGCAGUUUUACCUGACAAGCCAUGGAGGCCAGCUGAAAAAAAACAUGGAUGAAAAUGACAAAGGAUGGGUCAACUGGAAGGAUAUACACGUCAAAUCAGAGCACUAUUGUGAACUCAUGAAAAAAGAAGAUCUGGUUUAUCUUACAUCAGAUUCACCUAAUGUACUGAAGGAAUUAGAUGAAUCAAAGGCCUAUGUGAUUGGAGGAUUAGUAGAUCACAACCAUCACAAGGGACUCACAUAUAAACAAGCGUCAGAUUAUGGACUUGAUCACGCACAGCUCCCUCUUGGAAAUUUUGUGAAGAUGAAUAGCAGAAAAGUUCUGGCAGUUAAUCAUGUGUUUGAGAUUAUUCUGGAAUACCUGGAAACAAGAAACUGGCAAGAAGCCUUUUUUACUAUCUUGCCCCAGCGGAAAGGAGCUGUUCCCACAAACAAAGCCUGUGACAGUUCUUCCCAUGACAAACAAUCUGUCAGGGUUGAGGAUGGAUCAGACAGUGAUUCCAGUGGGGAAGAAGAUAGCAGAAAUGAACUAAAUUCACCACAUGAGGAAGAAAAGCAGGAUAAGGAAAAUAGCACUGAAUCCACAGAGAACUGUGUACCACUCUAAUGUUACCUGGUUUUCUUUUGGUUUAAGGAAAAACGAGAAAAUGAGGUGCUUCACAGAAUAUUGCUCUUAUUUGUCAUUAUUACUAAUUUUUUUUAUUAAUAUUAAAUCAUAGCUGUGUACAUUAAUGCAAUCAGGGGGCACCAUACACUGGUUUUAUAAACAGUUUGGUACAUUUUCAUCACACUGGUUAACAUAGCCUUCCUGGCAUUUUCUUAAUUAUUGUAUUAAGACAAUUAUAUUCUACAUUUACUAAGUUUCUCAUGUACUCUUAUAAGAUGCACCGCAGGUGUAAUCCCACCAAUUCCCCUCCCUCCACUCAUCCUCCCUCCUCCCUCUCCUCCCUUUCCCCCUUCCCCCUAUUCUUAGGUUAUAACUGGGAUAUAGCUUUCAUAUGAAAGCCAUAAAUUAGUUUCAUAGUAGGGCUGAGUACAUUGCAUACUUUUUCUUCCAUUCUUGAGAUACUUUACUAAGAAGAAUAUGUUCCAGCUCCAUCCAUGUAAACAUGAAAGAGGUAAAGUCUCCAUCUUUCUUUAAGGCUGCAUAAUAUUCCAUGGUGUACAUAUACCACAAUUUAUUAAUCCAUUCGUGGAUCGAUGGGCACUUUGGCUUUUUCCAUGACCUAGCAACUGUGAAUUGGGCUGCAACAAACAAUUUUUAAAACUUUUUUUUGGAGCUGAUAGUAAUAAAAAGCCCUGUAAACUUAGUGAGAAAGUUUUUUUCUUGUUUUUGCAUAAGAAGAUUUAAAUGUAAAUGUGAAUUUUUUAAAGUUUGGGGGGACCUCAAGUGAUAGUUUCUAGAGAAUUUUACUUUCUUAGUAUUCCCUUCAUUCUCUUUCAUUUACUGGAUUAUAUUCAGAAUGUGCCUUCUGACCUUCCAGUUUUAUUAUUUUAUGUUCACAUCAUUAUCUUUCUGAUCAAUUGUUUACAUAUUUGUGGGGGCAGAUAUUUAUAAGUACCUAUAAGUCUACCAGAAUGUUACUUUCUGUUUGUACCUUUUAUUUUCGAUGUAGUUACUUCAAUGAAAUAGUAAUUUUAGGAAGAAGUUUGAGUUUGACAAACUCAACAAAAUUCAUUUCUUUUGAACUAUGGAGCCCACAUCUGUUCCUUCUUUGUGUUGCCUUUUUAUGGUUCUGAAGUAAUUACUGGGGAGUUGAGCGUCUCUUUAAUACGUUUUCUGAAUUCUUAUAGUGGUAAUAAAUUAUUUCAGUUUAAAAAAUUAAAUUUUUGGAGGUUGAAUUAUUUUAUACAGCUGUUACUUUUGAAAGAUUAAUUUUGUCUUUACCUAGAUUUAAAAUGAAAUAGCUCUUAGCAGCUGUCCUUUCCUUCCAUUUUUUUAAACAAAAUACCUUUUGUUUUUUAAAGUGAAUAGUUGAUAUAUGCAUUUGCCUCCUAUCUUAUGAUAAUGUUCAAACUGAUAUGAAUGUUUUGUAAAUAUCAUACACAUGUAUGAAAAUCUGUAUAAUUGUAUUUACAUCUUUUUUCUACUUCAUGUAUGCUUCUUAAUUACUAAUUGAUAACAUGAUAGAUUUGCCAUAUGUUUGUAUUAUUUCUAUGAAUGGUUGUGUUGAACACACUAAACAAUUUGAGUUUCAGUAAGUGUAAAAAUCCAUAAUUAAACAUAUAUAUGGGAAAUUUGGCAAGGGAGGAUAGAGCAAAAGAAAAAUGUUUUAGUUCAUAGUAAUAAAGCAGUUAAAUGUUUAUAGUAAAAUAACUGUUCUCUGGUAUAGUUAGAGUAAGAUUUUAGGAGCCUUUUCUAAAUUUGGAUGAAAUAAGUUGCUUUGUUUUUUUAAAACAUAAAAGUUAUAUUAAAAAGUGCAUAAGUUAUUUAUGUGAAUUCUAACUAGAAACUUUAUUGGAUUUAGGAUUGAUAUUCACUGUCUUUUGUUUUUCGUUGCUUAUUCUUAGUAAUCUAUUAUAGUUAUCUAUGUUAAAGUAAGUCUGUAAGCAAGGUAUAUAAAUAAAAGUCCUACAG